CGGCCGUCACGUGCCGCAGCGUCCGGGGCGCCUUAGCUGUGGGCGGCGGGGCGGGCAUGGACCCUCUGGCAGCCACCGGUCAGGGGCCGGGCGAGCCAAGUACCGGGGAGGCCCCCAGCGCAGAGGCUGGCUUUGCCACAGCUGACCUCUCUGGUCAGGAGACAGAGACUGUGAUGGCCAUGGAUCGACUAGGCCCAAGUUCUGAAGAGGAAGGCUUUGCUGAGGAGAAGGACGCUGAUGGCGACUUGUAUGCCUGGGAGUUGUCAGAAGGCCCACCCUGCACAGCUGUGCAGCCGGCUGCCGAGCUUUUUAAAGAGGAUUGGGACUUGGAGCUGAAAGCGGACCAAGGGAAUCCUUACGAUGCCGAUGACAUCCAGGGGAGUAUUUCUCAAGAGAUUAAGCCUUGGGUGUGCUGUGCCCCACAAGGAGACAUGAUGUAUGACCCCAGUUGGCACCAUCCACCUCCGCUGAUACCACAUUAUUCAAAGAUGGUCUUUGAGACAGGACAGUUUGAUGAUGCCGAGGACUAAAAGUGUUGCUUUCUGCCGUGGGGGAGUUUUUGUGUCCUCCAGACCAAGAGUUGUUUCCUGUGUUUUAAGUGUGAUAUCCUUUCCAAGACCUGGCUCCUCAGGGGUGCCAGACAGGUGUUAACCAGGUCCCGCUGCCCUCACAUUUUGUUGUU